AUGCCCCCAAAUAUGGUGUCUGUCAAACAGUGGAUCCCAUACAGGGAUGAACUCUGUCUCUACAUCCCGGCUGGUCCUGCUCUGUCUUGGAGUGAGGCCAGAGUCUUCUGUCAGGACCAAAAGGCAGAUCUGGUUGUCAUCAAGGAUUACAACAAGCAGGGGGCAGUGAUGUCGCCUGUCUUCUUAACCUUGCCUUUGGCUGCCUUGGCACAGAUGUUCCUGACGGACCUCACAGAUGGUGCCAGGAGACAUGCCUUGCACUAUUGGAUAGGGUUGGCAUGGCAAGAGGCAAGAGCUCAGCUUACCUGGGUGGAUGGUGCCCCAAUAUCGCAGAGCUGGUACAGGAAUUGGCUCCAGGGCCACCCCAAAGAGGAGCGCUGUGUACAGCUUGUGGGCAUCUACACUGGCCAGUGGAGAGACUGGGACUGCAGCGCCCAAAACUCCUUUGUCUGUGAGAUGCCAGUAAAAGAUGCCCUCCCUGGUUCUGUGAGGAAAGUGUUCUUCCACUCCCGCUGCUAUGUCUUCCAUUUCCCAUCCUACCGGGAGCUGAGGUCAUGGAGACAGGCCCAGGCUUUCUGCCAGGAAUCUGGGGAGGGCUUAGCAAUUGUCCAUGAUGAGGAGGAAAAUGCUUUCCUGUCAGAUGCCUUUCCUGAAGAUGGCUGGCAUAUGUGGAUCGGGCUGCGCUUUGGCACCACAUGGAGAUGGAGUGACUCAUCAUCUCCUGCCUAUUUCCGGUGGCAUCUGGCCCCAUUGAAGGUGUGGGACCAGUGUGUGGCGCUGCAUCUUCAGCCUACCGACCUUGCCCAACAUGGGACAUGGAAAACCAGACCAUGCAAUCUGCGCCCUACAGCUGAGAUCACAGGAUUCAUCUGCCAACACAGAUAUGGUUUUUGUGGUCCACCGGAGCCUGUACACUUUCCUCUCCCUGGCGGAUUGGAUUCGCAUGCCACAGCUGAUGUCACCUUCUCCUUUGCUGGCCAUUCCACCUGCUCUCUGGCCUUGAUGGGCCUCCACGCCAACAUCACCUCUUUCCAGAUCAGGUUUGAGUCUAAUGCCACCCACGUGUGUGGCGGUGUUGUCACGGAACUUAGUGGCUUUCCAGUGCACAAAAAUUUUUCUCACAUGCCCUUUUCUCCUGGACUGAACACAUGGAGCCUCAUCACUUACCCUGAUGGCAUCGCAAGCUUCUUUAAUCACCAGGAGCACUUCCGGCUGUCCAACAUAACCCAAGACAUUUCUUUUGCAAACCUCAGCUUCUUGCGGAUCACUGGAGUUCCUGUGGUCAACGCAUCUCUACAGUAUCGCCUUUCUUUUGACCUGCACUUCCCCAGUGGCAGCAGCUUGCAAGUGGAAGAUGCCAUCCAUCGCUACCUCAGCAACUUCACGAUCGGGCUGUGGGUUCGAAGCCACCCCACUGACUCUCCCAAGAUGUGUGUGGUCAGCUAUUCGCUGAAGUGGAGACGGCCGGAGUUUGCUCUGUUCCUUCUCUCUCCUUCUGGGCUGGAAUUCCACAUCAAGGGGGCAGUGAUGUUCCGUGGCCAAUCUGAAUUCCUUUUGGACGGGUUCUGGCACCACGUGGCCGUAUCAGUUUCCAGUACUCUUGGGGUCCCCCCCUUUGAGGUCUUUGUGGAUGGAGAACUCUGGGAGCCACACUUGGCGGAGGGCAGCAACAGCUUCCUGCAGAAGGGGCUGUCCCUGGGGGGAAAGCUGAGUGUCGGGCAGCUGGAGGUGGACAACAGAGGGACCAGUUUCUACGUGGGUGACCUGAGCGAGGUGAAUCUGUGGGACCAAGCCCUCCCCGAGAUUUCUGUAAAGCAGCUGGCAGCCUCGCGGACUCAGUGGAAGUACCCUGGGAAUGUGGUGAGCUGGAGCAAGCUGGUAGCUAAGAAGCCUCCAGCUGUCCACAUCAGCACUCCAAGGGAAGACCACCCAGAUACUACCUUUGUGUGGUUUGGCCUCCUCCAGCUCAGAGGCAAGCGCUCAGUCCUGUGCGCUGAUCCAGAGUGGUCCCUGAUCUACACUGAACUUGCAGCUGAUCAGUGCCCCAAACAUGCUUUAUGGGGGCUGCAACCAAAUGGCCAACUCCGCAACGUCGCAGACCCUCCUUCCUGUCUCAAGGUGGCACCUGAUGGAGUCUCCUUGCUGAGCAGCCCGGACUGUUCCACUGACGCCAAGAGUUCCUUCCGCCUCUUGCCAGACCAGCGCUUGCAGAAUCUGCACUCUGGGUUCUGCUUGUUUCAAGAAGUCGUAAGCAGCAAGCUGAGCCUGGAGAAAUGCACCCCACAAGCGUUGUACUUUGUGCUGGAUCGGGAUGUGCACUGCCCCCGGUCCCAGGGCUGGAGGUCCAGGAAGGAUAAAUGCCUCUUCCUUGUACUGAAUGCGGCCCUCAAGUGGAGCCAGGCACUGAAGUUCUGCCAGAGAUUCCAUGAUGGGAGCUUGGUCACGCUGAGCAGCCUGCAAGAUCUGGUCUGGCUGCAGAAGGAGCUGCGGGUGAGUGUCUGGACUGGGCUCCACAGCAGCGGUGGCACAGGUCUCUUGAGCUGGGCUGAUGGGGCGCCCUUCAACAAAGCUUUGCGGCGCUUUGUUUUCUUCCGGGGCACUGGCUCCGGCAUGGCGAUCUGCAUGCUUGCUCUGACCUCCGGCUUCCUGAAGGCCGAGCCGUGCCACAGGCCUCAUCGCUGGAUAUGCCAGGCCUCACGCCAGAGUGAUUCAUACAUGACGUUUCCUGGGAAAUCCUUCUACGGCGCCCCGGCUGUGGAUCUGAGCUUCUCUUCCCUGGAGGUUGCCAAGCGGCAGUGCACCGCUUUGGGCACGGGGUGUGACGUCGUGCUCAGCACUGUAGCGGGCUACCACCUUGUUGUGGGAACACGCUUUGUCACCCUGGAAGACCCCAAUGCCAACCCAGCAGCCGUCGUAUACGUCAAGACAGGGUGCUCCCCUGGCUACUCUGGGCAAGAUUGCCAGUCAAUGUGCCCCCGAUGUGAGCCAGGCAUGAACUGCAACCCACUGACAGGCCUCUGCGAUGGCUUCCUGUACUACAAGGAGGCGCAUGCAGUGUAUGCCUCUCUGAAGUGUCUGCCCUUUGGAGACUGGGUCUUUGAGCAUGGAGCCUGUGUGUCCUCCGAGCGCUACAGCAUACGGGAUGAAGCGGAAUCCAUUUGCGUGAGAUACCUGGGUGCUACAGUGCAGAAGGUCAAGCGUCCACUGGAUAAGGUAUGGGCUGGCAUUUCUGGAAUUGAAAGAAGAGGCCCAGAGCCAGGCAGUUUCCUUUGGGCUUGCCAGCGACCUGAAGAUAUGGAGCUGCUGUCUUUUAGGGAGAAGCUGCUCGUUUCCCUGCAGGGCUCUACUCCCCAGCAGAAGCGUGCUUCGCUGGAAGAAGCCAAGGACGCCUGCUUCCUGCAGAAGGAGCGCUGCACGGGGCUGCUGAGCCUGAACGGAGCCCAUUACCUGGUGGCUGGGACAGUGCUGGUGGACAGCCCAGGAUCAGGUGCCGUCCUCUACAUCAAGGCAGCCUGCUCCCCCGGCUUCUGUGGGGACGGAUGCCAGAGGCACUGCUCUCCCUGCUUGAGCACACGGAUCUACAACCCCCUGACCGGCCAGUGUGACGGCCUCCUGCACUGUGUGCGUCGUUUCAGCUCUUCGUGUCUUCAUGGUCUGGUGAGCUCAAGGUGUCCACGCUCUCCUGGCUGGUGGUUCUGGGAAGGCCAUUGCUAUUAUGUAGAGGAGCGGAGCAGCAAGAGUUGGCAGGGGGCAAAAGCAGCCUGCCAGGCACAUGGCGAAGGUGUCAGCCUCCUGACCCUCAGCAGCGCCAAGGAAAAGGUCUGGAUAGCAGCCAUGGUGCAGAAAGACAGUUGGACAGGACUGAAUGAUGUAGACAAGGAUGGGGUGUGGGCGUGGGGCGAGGCGGGCGAGGCUGCUGAUCUCUCUUCUCCCUGGCUGGCUGAUGUGCCCCUUGUCAGAGGGGCCUGCCUGGAGAUUGGGCGCCAGGGAGAGGGGCGCUUGGCUGCAUCCCCGUGCUCUGAACUCAAGCCGUGGGUGUGUGAAGGGAUGUGGGCGGCUUGGAGUUCCUGUCCAAUGGAGCCUGGCUGGAGUCACUGGAACGGCAGCUGCUACUUCUGGGACUCUUCCUUGGUCCAUGGGUGGGACGAGGCCCUCCGCGCCUGCCGGAGGUUCAGGAAGACAGAGCUGCUGUACCUGACCUCCCUCCAGGAGAGGGACUGGAUCCGUUCAAACUUCAGAGGCUCUUUCUGGACAGGCUUGAAUGAUCUGCAGGAGGAAUCCGUCUUUCGGUGGACAGCACAGGAGCCCCUCAGCCAGCAGAUGGCACCGUACUUGAAAGAUGACCUGGCUGAUGGUGGCAUGAAGGAUUGCGUGUGGUUUGACACAGCCACAGGACUUCUUGGUGAUGCCAGUUGCAAGGAUAAGAGGCCUUUCCUGUGCAAGUGUAGCGAAGCCACAGAGUGGUUUGAUACGCUGCCUGGCCACGGCGUGGCAGGAGAGCCGUCCAUGUUGUACCCUUCUGCGAAGAGCCUGGAGCAGGCAAAGCAGGAGUGCCUGAUGGAGCGCAGUGUGUGUGUUGCUAUACUCCAUGCAGGGGAGGGCUUCUAUCUGAUAAGCUCCAUGGAUGGUGUUAUCUCCAAGCUGGAUUCCACGCUUUACAUGUGGACUAUUUGUGCAGAGGGCUUCAGUGGCCCACACUGCCGCAGGGCCUUGGCAUCCCCACCACGCCCUGCCUGUGACUGCAGUGGGAGAUUCCAGACUAUGGCUGAGAAAGUCUGUGGCCUCCCAGUGCAGACCUGUGUGGAUGACUGCCAGCGUAUGACUGCCUGGAAUAAUUGCUCUGUUUGCCUGCCUACCUGUACCGGUAAUCAAAUAGCCUCCCAGAUUCCACCUCUUGCCCCUCGUGUCCUCUUCCUCCCCACCCACCCAGAGGCCAGCCUGAGCCAGCUGGAUCCUGACGAGCUGGCUCUCAUAACCAUGGUCCAGUUCAAAGUGUCGCACUCCCUCAACCUCACCGCAGAAGACGAAAGGGACCGAGGGAACUCAUCCAGAAUCAUCUACGAUGCCAAAUACCCGUGAUGUUUCGACCACAUCCUGGGAAAAGGACAGAAAGGGCCAAUAAAAGGUUUUGGGGCAUUGAUCCCCCAUAAGUUGUUGAGGAUUGCGUUUCCUUUGUGUGCUCCUGUUUUUAUUGGGCAAA